AUGUCCAGCGGCGUCGAAGCACCCGGCCAACGACGUCCCGGCAUCUGGUCCUACCUCAGCUUUACGGGCCCUCGCCGCCGCGUCUCUGUCUCCCUGCCUCGCAGCUACAACCCCAACAGCGACCCUCACGAGAAGCCCGACCGUCAUUCACGACACCGCCCGACCAACUCUGCGGGCUACAUGAGCGACUUCAAGGGCUCCGCGAUGAUGAACCAGGGCCAGCGCCUGCGCUACCUGAAGACGGGCGGCAUCAUUGCCUUUGUCUUGCUGGUGCUCUACUUUGUUGCACCGCGCGGUGGCCUUUCGAGAGGCCCCGCGUCGACAGGAGGAAACACAGCCGAGGGCGGCGCGAAAGCAACAUGCACCAAGUCGUACUCCAAGGACAAGCCGCUCGUCCAGUAUGCGCUCAUGAUCGACGCCGGCAGCACCGGCUCCCGCAUCCACGUCUACAAGUUCAACAACUGCGGCCCGAGCCCGGAGCUCGAGAGCGAAGUGUUCGAGAUGACGCCCAAGCGGGAAGGUGGCUCUGGCCUCUCCUCCUACGGCGACGAUGCCGAGGGUGCCGCGAAGAGUCUGGAUGUGCUCAUGGACAAGGCAGUUGCGAGCGUGCCCCCCGAGUACCAGCGAUGCUCCCCCAUUGCCGUCAAGGCCACGGCGGGUCUCCGCAAGCUCGGCGAGGAGAAGAGCAACAACACGCUGCGCGCCGUCCGCAACCGCCUCGAAACCGUCUACCCGUUCCCUCUUGUCUCCGAGGAACGCAACGGUGUUGAAGUCAUGCCCGGUGAGAUGGAGGGUGUCUAUGCCUGGAUCACCAUCAACUACCUGCUCGGCAAGAUCGGCGGCCCUGACAAGACGCCCACCGCUGCCGUCCUUGACCUUGGCGGUGGCUCAACGCAGAUCGUUUUCCACCCAACCUUCCCCGACACGCCUCGAGGCGGUCUUCCUACCCAGCUCGCCGCGGGCGACCACAAGUAUGCACUCAGCUUUGGCGGCCGCGACUUUGCCCUCUACCAGCACUCGUACCUGGGCUACGGACUGAUGGAAGCGCGCAACAGCCUGCACAGCACGAUCCUCGAUGCCCUCUACCUGCAGAACAAGGAGUCGGGCGCAACAGAGUACCUCAAGUCCCCCAUUGUCAACCCUUGCAUUGCGCCGGGGAUGAGCCGGGAAAUCGACGUCAAGAUGCCCAAGGGCCACGCUCUGGGCGAGACGGUGACCGUCAACAUGACGGGACCCGCAACCGCCGCCCCCACACAAUGCCGCGGCUGGACGGAGAAGAUCCUGCACAAGGAGGACGCGUGCAAGAUGGCGCCCUGCGCAUUCCGCGGGGUCCACCAGCCUCCUUUCGAGCAGACGUUCGCCACCGAGGCUGUAUACCUGCUGAGCUACUUCUACGACCGCACGCAGGACCUGGGCAUGCCCGAGUCGUUCACGAUCCGCGAGCUGCAGAACCUUGCCGACAAGGUGUGCCAGGGGGAGAAGGGCUGGGACGUCUUCACGCCCGUGCCCAAGGCGCUCGAGGAGCUGCGCGGACGACCCGAGUGGUGUCUGGAUCUCAACUUCCAGCUCGCCCUCCUGCACACGGGCUAUGGCAUGCCCAUUGACAGGGAGGUGCGCAUUGCCAAGCAGAUCAAGGGCAACGAGCUAGGCUGGUGUUUGGGCGCCAGUCUUCCCCUGCUGGAAAAGGAGUCGGGAUGGCAGUGCAAGAUCAAGGAGGUCAACUAG